AGUGGGUCCAACUUCACACUACACAGCACAGUUAAGGUACGAGCCUACGAGUUGAACCCCAGAAUUAUACUCACCGUUUCAAGCACCGCAGCUUGAUUUAUUCAACUUCCGUGUACAGACAAAUUCCUGACUAGAAUUAAAUAUGAGGACGGAUACAAAGUGCUCGGGCGCAGAGCUUCUGAGGAAGAAUGUAGUGUCAAAUGUCCCUGUUACUUCUGAGCCAGAUAAUUUAACGUUGACUAGGGGCAAUUCACUGUGUGGAAGUACUUCCACAACGCAAACAAAAGCGAUGGAAGCACCUAGAUCUGGUUACACUUUACAAAGAAAUAAACCGAAGCCGAAACAACGUCCUGUACCGAUUAAGGUGGAAGUUUCUCAACGGCCAAAACCUCGGCCAGUGGUAAACAAUGAAGUGUGCAGUGCAUGUACGGAGGACUGGCGGAACAGCUGUGUGAUUUCAACUCCGUCAUACACUAAAACGCAUAGUUUGCUUUCAAUAUCCGGCGAUAUGCCAGUGCAAAGUCCUUCAAAUCCUGCUUUGAGUGACGAAGAUUUCAGUAAAAUUCCCAGCAAAUCUAGUGUGUUGAAUGAUGUCGAUAUCAAACAUUCUGAUGGAGUCGCUACGGUAUCAAGCAACUUGCGGAGGCGGCGCGUACUCGCAUCUUCGGCAUCUGUGGAGAAUACUACACCAUCUGAGAUCAGAGUGAUAACUGUUAGAAGGCAAAAGACAUUUCUAGCGAAUACCGAACAAAUAAGAAAGACAACUACUUGCAUGGAAUCAACAGAACCUCUUCGAUUUAAAGACCAAAAGAGCACUACCUCACUCGAAUUUACAUCACAUCAUGGUGAUACAAGCUUAGAGAAAGAUACUAGAAGGAGUCAUAGUUCUCAACUGCCAAAUAACUACCGAAAGUCUGCAUCAAAGACGACACCGAGACUGUACAUUACACGUAGCGGAAAGCUGAAUGAACUGGCAGUAUACCAUGAUGCACAAGUUGUUGCAAGGAGAAAGUCAGAAAAUGACACAAAACAGACACAAGCAUAUUUGGAGCAGAAACGUAACAACCGACACAGUCUUGAGUUUGGAAAAUGUGAAGCUCAAGUACGUCUCAUCGAGUAUGGCAACAGUCUCUCUAUUCCUACUUCCACCCGAGAAGAGAAAUUACGUUUGAAAUCGCCGUCGCUUUUCAAAUGGAUUACGCCAAGCAUGGAGUUUCUACACGGAUCGGAUUUAAGCAGUUCUCCUCGGGACGGGCAAGAAAAACCGCAUAUUAGGCCGCCGUUCAAUUUCAAAAAGGCUGUAUCGAGCACGGAGUGUCCGCGUAAACUGGAUAUAGGCAGAAAGGGCAUGCAGACUUGACGGUAAAUUCGACGCAUACCAUAUAUUUGUAUUAUAUGUCUUGGUAAUGUACACAGACUAGCAACCAGAGCAGAAUAUAUAUUCACAGAACAUAGAAACUUAUUUGUAAUAAAAUUCAGACCCCUAUGCCAAA